CGAGCGAGAGACAGACAGAGCGCCCAGUGUAGAGACUGCGGCCGAGAGCGUGUGAGUGUGAGCAAGCCAACGACUUGACUGAUCGGUCAAAGCGUGGAGGUGUUGCAGUGCGAGAGCUUCUCUUUAGGCAGCGCUCUCUCUCUCUCUCUCUCCCACUUCCAGUUCAGUUCAGUGCGGUUCAGACGAUUCUCUUUCCCGGUUAAGUUUCUUGUGUUUGACCCCGGCUCCUCACACCUGGUUGUUUCCAGAUGACGUGGAGCAGCACUAGCAGCAGUGGCUACUGCAGUCAGGAGGAAGACUCGGAAUAUGAACAGUACUUCACUGCCCGGACUUCCCUCAUCAAGAAGCCCAGAAAGUACAAGGAUGAGUGCAUUGACUGGGAGAAGCAGAUCCUCUCGCGAGACGAAAUUGAACGCAAGAUCCGGGACUACAACGCACAGAUCGCCAAUAACCUCUUAAUGACCUUGAACAGCGACGGAACCUACACCGGAUUCAUCAAAGUGCAGCUGAAGCUGGUGCGCCCGAUCUCAGUGUCUGCCAACACCAAGCCCCAGUCCAUCUACGACACCAAGAAGACGGGGGCUACGCGCUCUCAGCCGGUCAAACGCCGCACGUCCUUCUACCUCCCGAAGGACACAGUGAAGCACCUUCACAUCAGCAGCGUCACCCGGGCCAGUGAGGUGAUUGAGGCCCUGCUCAACAAGUUCCUGGUGGUCGACAAUCCGCGCAAAUUCGCUCUCUUCGAACGCAUCGAGAAAGAAGACCAAGUGUACACCCGUAAGCUGUCGGAUGAGGAACACCCCUUGUACCUGCGUCUCCUGGCUGGUCCUGACGACAAGAUGCUGAGCCUUGUCCUGAGGGAGAACGAGACGGGAGAAGUGAAUUGGGAUGCCUUCACCCCUCCCGAGCUGCAGAACUUCCUACGGAUCCUAAAGCGCGAAGAGGACGCGCACAUUAAGCAGGUGUUUGAGAGGUACACUCGCUGUCGGGAGCGGCUACAGGAAGAGCUGUCCAGCAGGACCCCUGGCUGACCGCGGCCGCCGCUCGGACUUCAGCCAGUGAGAGAGAGAGAGAGAGAGAGAGAGAUAGAGAGAAAGGAGGAAUAAAAGAAGUACGAAAGGUCCAAAAAAAAAGAUCCCAACUCCUAUUUCUCGGCACAAUCGGUCGGGCUAAGAGAGGAUUUGCCAAGCGAGAGGUUGAGUUUGCGAGUGGGUGCAGUGCAGUGAGAGGGGAAUGUGUGGUGGUGGGGAAGCUGUUCCUGUUGACGAUGUGCGAUUGAGAGACUUUUACCUGGAGAGGACAGGACAUUUAAAGGAGACGACUGCAACACUGUGGGGCGAUUUUUGUACACUGCGGGCGGGGUGACUUGAGUACCUGCAGCGCUGGAUUGGUGCCAACGUGAGGCCGACCAGAGGGCAAAGCUCCAUCAGCGGGGGGUUUGUUUAUGUCUAGAUGUUUCCUGGCCUCGCUCACUUAUUCUUGCUCCUUCAACACACCUUAAAAAAACUAUUUAACUAUUAUUUUCCUCCGGGAACUUCCGUAACUUUUCCCAACGAGCUGCUAGACUCAGAACUUGGGGAAAAUUCGCGGGGUGGGGGGGGAGUUUAGGGCUAACUCUACGACAUGUCGAAUUUGACUUCAAAGCAGUUUUAUUUUUAAGAUUAAAGAAAGAAACCAACCCGACUUGUUUACGGUUAGGCUUUGUUUGCAGCUUAGAAUUAAUUCUCUCGGUUCAGCAAGUGGGGAAUUUCCAACCUCAGCGAGAUGUGCCAGGGUAUUGUUUACCGAUGAUCCACAUCUCCUCCCAUCCCCAACAGGGAGCGAAAGGUGGGUCGAAUCUCACGUCCCUUGCCAUUUCAUGAGAGUGCGUGAGCUCCUCAUCCUUGCUCAGCGGAAGCUCUGCCUAGCCAGACCCCUGGAGAGACAAGAAAGAGGGGCCGGGAUACAAAGUACUUCCGGUCUUGUUGGCCCUGAUGUGAUCUCACGCACGCAGAAUGCCUUGGCUCCCGGCCAUGGAGGGAACUGUGUGUAAUGCACAGGGGGAGUCAAGAUAAACCACAGGGAAGGCUCAAUACAGAAAAUGUUUCCACAACCCACAAGAAUGCCUGUGAGUUGCGUCAGUCAGACAGUCAGUCAAUCAGUCAGGCUAUGUUUAAUAUCUUCUGUAUUCGGUGGUUUCUCGAACUCAGAAUGGGGUUUAUACCUUUAAUGUGCUGAGCGUACUCUUAUCUCAGAAACAUCUGCGAUGGCUGGAAGGCACAGUAAUUGGGUUGCCCAGUUGUCAGUGGUCUUUAGUGGGUGGUUUACUGCUUGCAGGGCUUGUAAGAGGGAAGAGUCCCGGUGAGAUUGACUCAUCGUAAAGCUGCUGUUUCACUCAUUUAUUUAUUUAUUUUAAUUUCUAUGUUGGUUUGUAAAGAUUCUUCUGGUAUUGACCAGGGGCUUCUCGAUCAGAUUCCAAAAUGUUCCAUUCCAGCUGUGAAGGCUCAUUGGCAAGAGGAUUGAUUUACCUUGACAUUCGAGUUAUUGGCUUACUCUGUCUCCCCCCCAGAGUACUCACACACUGAAGUACUCUGUGUGUGCGAGCGGGAGAGGCUGAUGUAUGUAGGAUAAAGCUACCUGCCUCUUCAAAUGGUGAAGUUGUGAAACCUUUCCUAUGUCAGCGAAUCCCAAGGAGAGAGGUUUAGCGGUUAUUUUUAUGUUGCAUUAAAGGACCUCAGUCCCUUUAGAUUAUGCAGUUAAUGCAGAAUUGCAGCGCUUUCAGCCACUACGCCCCAAACUCUGGAACAUUCUACCUCUAUCCCUCCGCCUUGCCACCUCCUUCCCCAUCUUCAGGUCGCGCCUGAAGACCUUCCUCUUCGACCAGUGCCUACGGUCACCUCCCCUCCCCCUCCCUCCCCCCCACCCGGCUCGGUGUCGUGCUCUGCCACUCUCAAGCGCUCCGGGACGCUGCCCUGUGUGAGGGGGCGCUGUGUAAACCAAGUUGUUGUUGUAGCUACAGCGAUGGUUUUCCCUGGCGCAGACUGGACUUAACCUACAGCAACCGAUGUUUAUGACACAAACCACUUAGGAAAUGUCCGUCAGUCCCCGGCAGUUACAGUUUAUGAUGCAUUUGUGCACAUUCUUGUCUGAGAGACUUACUUUUCAGGGUGAAAGGGUGUUGGAGGAAUAGUUGAAUGAGACGCUUGGUUACCACUGUGUGUUUCUGUAUCCAGUCAGGACUGAAGAAAGCUUUGGGUCAGCGAUUUGGGAUUAUUUUGAAUUAAGAUAUAAAAACUCUCAGGAAUCCCAGAUCUGCAAAUACGCGGUCACUACAUUUCACAGUAAAUCCUGCAAAGUGCUUUGUGACACAUUCGUCGAUGUGAUACCAAAUGCAAGGAUUAUUAUUACUUGCUUCUGAAGUCCCUUGCCCAAAAACACAUGCUUACCCAGUGCUGGAGAUUUGUAUAACACCUUUCACGUCGAGAGGAUGUCCCAAGGCACUGAGGAUGAGCUGAAGUGACAAUGAAAUGGUUUCUCUCACUCUUGUAUUUACAUAACAGUUUGACUGUUACGGACAUUUGAGCAAAUCCUUAGUAGCUGUUUUGCUGUCCUCAUGGAGAUAAUCCUCAGGCAGAUCAAUCUCUGCCAUAUGAAAGAAAUAAUAAUUUGGUCACUCAAUCCACGACUGUUUGUGGGACACUGCUGUGUGCAAUUGGCUGCCACGUUUGGCUAACAAAAUAUACAGUCAUUUCACUUUGCAGUAUAUUCUGUGAAGCGCUUUGAGACGUAUCAAGGACGUCAUAAAGCGCUGUAUCAAAUGCAGGGAUGAUUUUAUUAUUAGAUGGAUUCCAGCAGCAAACUGUAGAGUUAAACCCCCCCUGCAUUCAGUCUGUUUCCAAAUCAUGAACAGUGGGAAGUGUGGUUGGGGCAGGGAUAGGACAACAAUCAAAACCCGAACUUAGCUUCAAUCCUGACUAAAGAGUGUCUGUAAUUCACGUUUGAAUAAAAAGCGUGUUUUUUUUUGUACAGGUAAAACUGUGUUCAAUAAAAUGAAGUGA